AUGUCGUCUCCCAACAACGUCCUCCCUGUCAACUACCCCGGACCCCCCUACAACAACCUCACCCGCUGUUACCCUGCCGUGCAUGGGAACUUCACCGACGUCAACUCACUAGUCACGGCGCUGGAGACCAGCAGAUACUUCGGGACAGACAAGUUCAUCUUCUACAACUACAGCAUACCACAGCAGAUCAACAAAGUCCUGCUGCAAUAUGAGAGAGAAGGCAUUGUGGAGAUGAGGAACUGGAGGCUUCCCCUUCCCCCAGAGCAGAUCCACUACUGGGGACAGAUGGCGAGUAUCCAUGACUGUGUCUUCUCCCAGCUUGGAGUAGCGAAAUACGUUCUUCUUGCAGACAUUGAUGAGGUCGUUGUUCCAAAAUCCGAAUCCACUGUACAUGCAUUAGCUGAUAAACUUCUGACUACGCCAACUCUGAGACCAUCAACAUCGUACGGAGCCCUGAUGUUCCUGAAUGCAUUUUUCUUUCUAAAUGGACACGAGACAACAGCAGAGUUUCUUUCAAAAUCCGAUGCUGUGAAAUGCAGACUGAGUGUAUUUUUACAUACAAAUAGGUCAUCUGUGAAUCCACCAUUCUAUCGUUCUAAACUUUUAGUGAUUCCUGAAAGUGUUGAUGUGUUGCAGAUACAUUCUGCAGAAACGUUACGACCAGGGUGGAUAACUCUUGUGGUUGAACCACAAUAUGGUUUGAUGCAUCAUUACCGAAAGGACUACGACCCUCAAGCCUUACAGCCAUAUACAGAUGAUAUCUCUUUACUCCAACAUAGCACUUCCAUUAUACCAAGAGUGAAAGACAGAUUACGAUCUUUUGAAAAAGCAAAAGCUACUGGACAUCUGAAAGAGUGUGGGGGGUGGGAUUAA